AUGGAAAUUCAAGGGCUGACAGAAGUUAUCAAGCAAGAUAUAACUGCACUUAAUUCUGCUGUAGUUUAUCUCCGGCUUCUAUGCAACUCACGAAAUGGAGGUAGUAAUAUUUCAAGUGACACCACCACUCACUCUACAAUAGUUGUUGAUGAUCUGAAGAAUCGUUUGAUGAGUGCCACAAAGGAGUUUAAGGACGUAUUGACCAUGAGGACAGAGAACUUGAAGGUUCAUGAGAACAGAAGACAAUUGUUCUCUUCUACUGCUUCCAAGAAUCCAACAAAUCCAUUCAUUCGCCAACGGCCUUUGGCUAUUAAACCUACUGGAAGUACUUAUGCUGCACCUGCUCUUCCAUGGGCUAGUGGGGAAGACAAUCUUCAUCCCAUCCAUUCUUUAAGACAGAAACCAGAUGGAUGGGGAAACUCAACCAUUAAUGUCAUAGCAGCAGCAACAUCAACAGCAACAGGAAUUGGUUCUAGUACAAGAUAG